UCGACACUGCAAAACAAACACAUUAACAAAAUAUGUGCAUAAAUUUGUUAACCACAGUCAAAAGGAAACUACUUACUCACGCUCCUGCAAUCAUGGCUGCACGACAAUCCAGUGACAUGGCAAAGUUCAAGGAAACUUUGAAAUCCGCUAAGAACAUAGUGUUUCUGUCCGGGGCUGGAAUAAGUGCGGAAUCUGGUAUACCAACGUUUCGUGGGGCUGGUGGUAUGUGGAGGAAGUACCAGUCGGCGAGUCUGGCGACGCCCGAGGCGUUUGGGACCACGCCGGCGUUGGUGUGGGAGUUCUAUCAUUACAGACGAGAGGUGGCGGCUAAAGCUCAACCUAAUGCGGGUCACUUAGCCAUAGCACAGUAUGAAGCAAGACACCCAGAAAAGUCAGUGACAGUGAUCACACAGAAUGUGGAUGGACUACAUGCUAGAGCGGGAACAAAGACCUUACUGGAACUCCAUGGCAGCUUGUACAAGACUCGGUGUACCAAGUGCAAGGAAGUGUUGGUCAACACUGACAGCCCAAUUUGUAAGGCUUUAGAAAACCGAGGAGCACCUGAAGUACAUCAAGUAGGGUCUGACAUCCCAGUAAGAGACCUGCCACACUGUAAGAAACCAGAGUGCAAAGGACUGCUUCGGCCCCACAUUGUGUGGUUUGGGGAAAAUCUAGAACCCGCUGUACUUGAGAAGACAGAGUCAGCAAUGGCGUCCUGCGACGUGUGCCUAGUAGUAGGCACAUCGUCUGUAGUGUACCCGGCGGCGAUGUUCGCGCCGGCCGCGGCGGCGCGCGGCGCCACGGUGGCAGAAUUCAACCUGGAGCCGACGCCUGCUACUCACGCCUUUAGCUACUACUUCCAGGGACCGUGUGGGGAGACGCUACCUACAGCUUUGGCUGAUUAACGACCUUACAACUUUGUAUGACAAAAGUAUAUGCUAAAAUGAUAGCCAAGGGCCAAGGAUAAACGACACAGUAUAUAGUGUUUGGAUCAAGGCUGUUACAGUGACGUGCUUCAGUCAGGAACGAUGAAUUAUUCCCAUUAAUAUUUUGUGCCUGGGGCAGCCACAGAUGAGUUUACACCAUUAUAUAGAUCGAUUUACGAAAGCUGGCAUGAAUGGAAUGAACGAAACUUUUAUUGUGUAAGUUACACCUGGCAGGCAAUUAUGGUCACGCGAUAAAUGAUAAAACAUCUGUUUGCCAGAUAUUUUAUCAUCUAUCGCGCGACCAUAAUUGGGCAUUUUCGCGAGA